CUUUGGACUAUCGAAAAGGAUUCGCCAGUCUUAGUUGUUCCGCUUCUUUAAUCAAACAUUCCAGAAACAGGUCAGAGGACAACGAAAACACAGAACGACUCAAACAGUAAUGCCCUCCAACAAAUACUCAUCCGCUAUCAUGGCGGAAAGCGACAACAUGACAGCUACGGCUGCUGUGAAUGGUGAUAUGGCUACAGUGGAGGGUCUGUCAGAGAAUGACAGUGGCUUGGAGAUGACCAAUGAGAACAGUCCCCUAACGGGGGCCGAGCCACCCUCACCUUUCAGUCCCAAACAGAAUGGGGGUGCAGUAUCACCUGCAGAUGAGAGUGUGAACAGCCUGAGGAGGAAGAGAUCUCGGAAGCCCUCUGAAACAGAGUAUGACAGCGUGUGGGACUCGUGCAGUGAGGAGAAGUCAGACGGGGGCUCCGGCUGCAGCUCGGGGCUGAGACAGAGGCCACGUCCCAGGACCAUCUUCCAGGCGGGGCUGACCGCGCACGCCAAGCCCCGCAACAGAGAGAGGGGCCAAAGUAAACAAGAGCCCAGCACCCCGGUCUCCACUCUUCCUGAGGCCCCCAGGCUGGAGCUGAUGGAACAGGACUCUAAAGACUCUGCUCAAAGCAGCGUGACUUCCACCUCAACCACCGACAUGGCCAGCCAACCUGAGUACAAUGACAAUAAAGGCUAUGGCAUAGGGGAGCUUGUGUGGGGGAAGAUUAAAGGUUUCUCCUGGUGGCCGGGCAUGGUGGUGACGUGGAGGGCGACAGGAAAGAGGCAAGCCUCGCAUGGCAUGCGCUGGCUCCAGUGGUUUGGCGACGGCAAGUUCUCAGAGGUGUCCGCCGACAAGCUGGACUCAAUCACGGCCUUCUCGAAGUUCUUCAACCAGGCCUCCUACACCAAGCUGGCAUCCUACCGUCGAGCCAUAUUUCAGGCCCUAGAGGUGGCCACUAUACGUGCUGAGAAGACCUUUCCUGUGUGUAACUCGGACAAUCCAGAGGACCAGGUGAAGCCAAUGCUGGACUGGGCUCACAACGGAUUCCUGCCCAAGGGCAAGGAUGGCCUCAAACCCCGCGAGAAUUCCUCAGAGUACUGUUUGUUCCCUGCACCACCGGAGGGCGCUACAUUGCAGGCCCAGCUGCUGGAAUCCCACCCACCGGAGCUCAUGCCCUCCGCCAAGAGGGCCCGCCUCAGCCUGUGCAAGGCCAAGGCUGCCAGCGAGGACACCUACAGCCGAGAACAAAUGGUUCAUGAAGUUUUGAAGAAUCAUAGAAGUAUAGAAGAGUUCUGUCUCUCGUGUGGGAAGACGAGAGCAGCAACCUUCCACCCGCUGUUUGAAGGAGGCCUUUGCCAAGCGUGCAAGGAUGUGUAUCUAGAGAUCUCUUACAUGUAUGAUGAUGAUGGAUAUCAGUCGUAUUGCACAGUGUGCUGUGGAGGCCGGGAAGUUCUGCUUUGUGGAAAUGCCAACUGCUGCAGGUGUUUCUGCGUGGACUGUUUGGACCUGCUGGUGGGGGCAGGGGCGUCGAACAGUGCACGGGACCUGGAUCCAUGGCUGUGCUACAUGUGCCAGCCGCGGCAGCAGUACGGAGUCCUCAAGAGACGCCACGACUGGAGCCUCAAACUGCAGGAGUUCUUCGUCAACGACAACGGGCAGGAGUUUGAAAGCCCAAAGAUUUACCCAGCAGUUCCAGCAGAGCAAAGACGUCCAAUCAGAGUCCUCUCACUGUUUGAUGGCAUUGCUACAGGUUAUCUGGUGCUGAAGGACCUGGGCUUCAAGAUCGACGUGUAUGUCGCUUCCGAGGUGUGCGAGGACUCCAUAUCCGUGGGGGUCGUCCGGCAUGAAGGCAAAAUCCAAUAUGUCAGUGACGUCCGAAACAUCACCCGGAAAAACAUUGCUGAAUGGGGGCCAUUUGACCUGGUGAUUGGUGGAAGCCCCUGUAAUGAUCUCUCAAUAGUCAACCCAGCCAGGAAGGGCCUGUAUGAGGGGACUGGCCGUCUGUUUUUCGAGUUCUAUCGUCUCCUGAGCGAAGCCAAGCCAAAAGAAGGAGAGGACCGCCCCUUCUUCUGGAUGUUUGAGAAUGUGGUUGCCAUGGGAGUCAAUGACAAACGGGACAUUUCCCGUUUCCUUGAGUGUAAUCCAGUGAUGAUAGAUGCCAUCGAAGUGUCUGCUGCUCACAGGGCUCGAUAUUUCUGGGGAAACCUUCCAGGCAUGAACAGGCCUCUCUGUGCCUCUGGGAUGGACAAGCUGGAGCUGCAGGACUGCCUGGAGCACGGCCGUGUUGCCAAGUUUGGAAAGGUGCGGACCAUCACCACCCGCUCCAAUUCCAUCAAGCAGGGCAAAGACCAGCACUUCCCUGUCAUGAUGAAUGGCAAAGAGGACAUCCUGUGGUGCACAGAGCUGGAAAGGAUUUUUGGCUUCCCUGUCCACUACACAGAUGUGUCCAACAUGGGCCGUGGAGCCAGGCAGAAACUGCUGGGUCGUUCCUGGAGCGUUCCGGUCAUCCGACAUCUCUUUGCCCCACUGAAGGACUAUUUUGCCUGCGAAUAACCUGCCAGGGAACAAACCAAAACGGAAAAAAAAAGCCCCCAUCCACACAGUCCAAAGUCACCCACAACGACAGAGCACCACAACGGCCUCACGUAACACAGAGCAGCUCAUGAAGUUCGGUUGUUGUCCUACCUGGGAGAGAUCCUAACUUUUAAGCAGCCUGAGCAGAUUUUGGCCAGCAGGUGGUGCUGUAACACUGAGCCAAUAAGUUUCAUCUUUCUUUUUUUUUCCCUUUACUUAUUGGUGCCUUUUCAACCUUGAUGGUCAAAAAUGCUCUCGGACUGGUUUGGCGAUCUUAAUGCACAAAGCUGACAUCUUGGCAGACCUCACUUGAUGGUUGUUUCACUUGAUGAUUGUGCAAUAAUUGCAUGUUGAAACGUUUGGGUUAUAAAACAUGUUGUUUCAAUGAAACAAAACACUGAACAUCAAAUGCACUUGUCUGCAUAAUAAUAGUUUUUCCAGUUCUGCAAGCACAUCUUUUCUUGCAGGACAGCAAUUUCUUCUCACUGUGAUUUACUGUGACUGGUAAAAGUUUCAAGUUUCAAACAGAGCAGAUACCUUUUUUUGUUGCAUGUCAGACAAGUGAAACACUGGGUUAUACGCCAAAGUAUCAGAGCUGUCCAUUAAGAGCAGGAAGGAUCUGAGCAUGGAAAUGAAAGUUUAGUCAUGCCAAAGAUCUGAAGACACUGACUGAGUUAAUUUUUACGUGGUUGAUCAAAGUUUUCUAAACUUCAUUUUAGAUAUUUUUUGUAUUUGGACAGGCAAACCAUGGAUGCAGCGAGUGAGGCAGUAUUGGCUUCUUUUACAAAAUGUUAUCGUGUCAUGUUCGUUUUAUUCGUUUUACAUGGACCGUUGUUGGGAGGUUGCUGUGCGUGUAAUGACAGUAGAUAUGUGGAUCACAUGUCCUUUGGCGAGCAUUCAUAAUGUGUUCCUUGUACUGUAGUUUUGUUUUUGUUUUUUUCCUCAAGGAAAUACUUGAAAUAAAUCAGUGCAAAAAGCAAGCUGUGAGCACACACACACACACACACACACACAAAAUACAUUCACCACAUUGUUUUUAAAGACCCCAUGUGGCAGGAAUGUUUUCACCCUGAUAAAGGGUUUUACUGUACACAAAUGAUUUAAGGUGCAUUUAACUUAAAAUACUUAAACUGAUGAUAAUUGGUAUGACCAUUCCUACAACAGAAAAAGAAUGUGUAAAACUUGGCCCAGUUUUCAUGUACCAUGAGACUGAUAUAUGCUGUUACUGACAUUCAAACAAGAUGCUUUACUUCCUCAUUUUAUCUUGUUUUGUAUGGCAGUACCAGUAAUACGGGAAUAAAAGAAUAUAAUUCUACCGGGCAUUGUCACAAAAGUCUAUACAUCAGAAUUGUGCUUAUUUUCUCUGGCUGGACAAACAAUUUUAAGUGAAUAGGUAUACUGUGCACAAUAUACGCAUUGUGAUAGUACUGUUUUCUGUCCUUGAAAUGAAUAUGUUUACAUUUCUUAAUGGUUUUCAGGGCCGUCACAUAUGCCUAUACUGGAAUUUAAUUGUUUAAGUCUGCUUACACAUCUGCAAAGAUGAGGACUGAUUCUGAACAAAGAAUAGCCAGGUCUCUUUGCUCUGUGAUUUUGUUGGUCUGGACAUGCCUUAUAAAGUGUUUUUUUAUGUUUUUAUUUUUAUGUCUUCUCUAUCAAACAUUUGUCAUACGCAGUGCAGACGCUAGGCUUUUUCCUUGCUUACAAAUAGAAAGAAACUCAUUAUAUACGCAUUCAUCCUUUAAAAAACUACUACCUAGAUUCAAAGCUUGAAAUAUCUGUUAACUUUUUGUUUAGACAGUAUGCAGAAUACUUUGUUUUUAGUGGAUGUUGUAU